UGCAUGCAAAUGAAGGGUUCUUCGUGUUACUGCAUGACAAUCAAAAGGGGUGAUCCUAUACCAAACACACUCGUUUAAAGUAUUGUACAAUAUUUACGCAAGACGGCAGUUGCUCAGAGCCUACAACAGAUGUCGACCGCGGUCUUUCGUGCCGGCAGCCGGUGCUGCCGGACAGCUGCUCAACCAUGGCUUGCAGCUCAUAGCCAUGGUCUUCGUGGACUACGCUCUCAGUCGUUGAUGCCUGCGCCGCUCGUGCAUUUCCUCAACAAGGCUCCCCGCAGCGAGGCAUUCAGAGGCACUAGGCUCUUCCAGCAGCAACAGACUCGCAGCAUCGCGACAAAGUCUGGCUCCAAUUUGUCGGCGGAGGUGGCAAAAGAUGAGCGCGUUCCCGUGACGGUGAUCACCGGCUUCCUGGGCAGCGGCAAGACCACACUGCUGAACCACAUCCUCACCAGCCCGCAGCACGGCAAACGCAUCGCGGUCAUUGAGAACGAGUUUGGUGAGAUCGACAUCGACAGCUCCCUGGUGGUGAACCAGGUGGCGCUGGUGGAGGGCGGCAGCGACACCGUCACCACGCUGGCGAAUGGCUGCCUGUGCUGUACGGUUCGUGGGGACCUCAUCAAGGCCCUAAACAACCUGUACAACCGCCGCAAGGAGAUCGACCACAUCAUCAUUGAGACCACCGGUCUGGCCAACCCCGCCCCCAUCAUCACCUCCUUCUACGCCGACCCCGACCUGCCUUCCCGCGUCAAGCUGGACGGAGUGGUGACGGUGGUGGACGCCAAGCACGUCACCCGCCACCUGGACGCCAAGGCCGCCGACCCGGAGGCGGUGAGCGAGGCGGUGGAGCAGGUGGCGUACGCGGACCGCAUCAUCCUCAACAAGGCAGAUCUGGUCACCCCCGCCGAGCUGUCGGAGCUGCGCACCCGACUGCGGACAGUGAACGCGCUGGCGCCGCUGCAGACCGCCACCAGGAGCAAUGUGGAUGUGGACUAUGUGUUGGGGGUGGGCGGGUAUGACCUGGCUAACGUGGAGAAGGAGUUGGACCUCACCCUCGCCAGCAGCCACCACCACCACGACCACCACCACCACGACCACCACCACCACCAUGACCACCAAUGCAGCGGCGCCGGCUGCUCCCAUGACAGUCACAAACACCACCACGAUCACCAUGAUCACGAUCACAGCCAGUGCCCACAAUGCAGCCACGAGCACCAUGACCAUGACCAUGACCAUGAACAUCACGACCACCACCACCACGACUGCGCCGGAGCCGGCUGCACGCAUGAAAGCCACUCCCACGCCCAGCAGGUGCAGGUGCAGGUGCAGGCGCCCCGUCAUGACGACCGGGUGUCGUCCGUGAGCCUGCAGUUCGAGGGGGAGAUGGACCUGGACAAGGUCAACUGGGCUCUGGGGUUCCUGCUUGAGAGCCGCGCGGAGGACCUGUACCGCAUGAAGGGCAUCCUGGCCAUUGCGGGCUCGGAGUACCGCUUCGUGUACCAGGCCGUGCACCAGGUGUUCGAGGGGGUGCCCGACCGGCAGUGGCAGCCCGGCGAGCCGCGGCUGUGCAAGAUGGUGUUCAUCGGCAAGUACCUGCAGCGGGAGGACUUUGAGGACGCGUUCAAGGG